UGGUGGGAGAAUACUUUAGUAUACUUCAGUUGGAUCCCGCGCGCGUUGCUCGCCAUCAUCAUAGCUGUGGAGGAGGAGGUGUACGCCAGGAUCGCGAGGUGGCUCAAUGAUAAAGAAAAUUAUCGACUCGAAACAAAAUAUGAAAAUCAUCUGAUUGUCAAAAUUGCAUUGUUUCAAUUCGUUAACUCGUUCAUGAGUUUGUUCUACAUUGCGUUUUAUCUUCAGGAUAUGGAUAAAUUGAAAGAGCAAUUAGCUGUGUUAUUAAUAACGAGACAAAUAAUAGGAAAUCUGAAGGAAUCAGCUCUUCCCUAUCUUAUUGAGAAUUUAAGAUUGGCAAAGAUUUGUGUUGAUGUGUUUGGUGCUAUAAGUCCUAGCAAAAUACCUUCAUCAACACAAAUCACCGAGUUAUUUGAGAAGAGAACAAGUUCCAGCGGAGAUCCGCCUGAAGCUUUGGUGAAUGGUACAGAUAAAGAGGCGGAGAGACGAGACUCUGAGACUGCGGUUGGACAGAAAGUUAUACAUCAGGCAGAGCUCGAGUCGCAGUUGUUUAAGUACGAAGGCACAUUCUCUGAGUACUUGGAGAUGUUGACUCAGCUGGGUCACGUGGUGCUGUUCUCCGCCGCGUUCCCCCUCGCCGCGCUGUGUGCGCUGCUCAACAACGCGGCGGAGGUGCGCGCGGACGCGUUCAAGUUGUGUCACGUCGCGCAGAGACCCUUCGGAGAGAGGGUCACCAGUGUUGGUAGCUGGCAGCACGCGAUGGAGGCGAUGGUAGCAGUGGCGGUGUUGGUGAACUGCGCGCUGAUUGGUCUGUCGGGUCCCGUACACCGGCUGCUGCCUGACGCCACGCCCGCACAGACAAUACUAGUUAUUGUUGCUUUAGAGCACGUGGUAUUGGUGAUAGUAUUCGCGCUGCGCAUCGCCAUCCCCGAGAUCCCGGGCUGGCUCGCCACUGAGAUGGCCAAGGUGGAGUUCCAGAGACGAGAGGCUAUAAAGAACGCACACGCACCAUUGUUGUCUGAGUGCACAAGUCAAGACGAUGUAAGACCUUCGUCACGCGCCACUCCGCGCACCAUCACACCAACAACACCAAAGCAAACAGACAAGAACAAGAAGGUCUUCAUAGGCAAGAUACCUGAAAUACCACCAUUCAGACCGAAAGCGGCUUCGAUAACGGAGCCUGCUGUGACUACGGGAUCUUUGCAAAUGCUACAAGAUGUCAGCCCAACGAAACCUAUCAGACGUAAGGAAGGUGCAGGCGCUCCUCUGUCGCUGCUGGGUGUGCGAGGUCUGCGCGACGAGCCGCUGCACCGCUCCGCGCACUGCAUCCCGCACCCCGCACACCACAGACCUCUCGUCAACCCCACGCUGCAGGUGUUCUUCUCGCAGGAGUUGUCUGGGGGUGUGAGCGCGGGCUCGGAACCCGACCUGAACGCUGUGCCCGCACCCCCCGCCACAGCGCCCUCUGCAGCACCCUCGCUGGACGUCAGCGCCACCUCCAGCGAGGACGACAGGCCUAAGGACAAGAGCAGUCGUUCCCGUGCGCGUGCGGCGCUGGUGAAGCGCGUGCGGUCAGUGGCGGUGUUCUCGCUGGGGUUGCGGCGAGCGCGCGAGGCUCACGCCGCGACGGACCGCAGCGCGCACUCGCCGCGCACGCCCCGCACACCGCGCACACCUGACAAACCUACUCUGCCGGCGCCGAUGUUGGGUGGAGAGCUAUCAUUGAUACCCAUAGAACAACUCAUACAAGUAGAGGACGUCAAGCCACGACAGGUCACGUAAAAGUUCAUACAUCAACAUUCACUUGGCGAAAAUACCUUCUCAAAUUCUCUUUUAGCUAUAAAUAUAAUGAAAUACUUGAAAUUAUCAUGUCAUAAUAAUAUUCGAUCUAUUAUUUUUUUUAUAGACCAACAAGGCUA